UUGGAAGGAAUGGGUCCGGCAAGAGCAAUUUUUUUGCUGCCAUUCGUUUCGUUUUAAGUGACGCGUAUACUAACAUGGGAAAAGAAGAGCGACAAGCGCUUCUCCACGAGGGAACUGGACCUCAAGCUAUUACCGCCUAUGUUGAGAUUAUAUUUGAUAAUAAUGAUAAUCGGUUCCCAACAGGGAAAGAUGAGGUGAUAUUGAAGCGUAGUAUAGGUUUAAAAAAAGAUGAUUACACAUUAGAUGGUAAAAGUGCAACAAAGGGUGACGUCAUGAAUUUGCUUGAAAGCGCUGGUUUUUCGCGUUCAAAUCCGUACUAUAUUGUUCCUCAGGGGAGGAUUACCGCAUUGACAAACGCCAAAGAUCAUGAGCGACUGCAGCUUUUAAAGGAAGUUGCCGGUACAAGAGUUUAUGAGCAAAGGAGACAAGAAAGUAUGAAAAUUAUUGAGGAAACAGAUUCCAAAAGAUCCAAGAUUGAAGAACUUCUGAGGUAUAUUGACGAACGCCUUAACGAACUUGAACAAGAAAAAGAGGAGUUACGAAAUUUUCAAGAUAUGGAUCGUGAGAGACGAUGUUUAGAAUAUUCAAUAUUUCAUCGUGAGCAAUCGGAUAUCUUGCAUCAAUUGGCCGAAAUGGAUGAAUUACGAGAAAAGGAUGUUCAUGGAUCGAACCAACAGAACAUGGAAUUUAAUGAUUAUGAGUUAACGAUCUCGAAUAUUGAAAGUGAAAUCACAGAAAUACAAGAAAAAGUGGAUCUGCUUAAAGUUGAAAAGAGAGAACUUGAUGAAGACAUGCAGGAACAAAUAAAGGCCCAUGCACAAAUUGAACUGACCAUUAAGGAUAUGGAAGACACAGCUCAACAGAAUAGUGUGACAAAGCGGAGAAGAGAAGUGGAGCUACGAAAUGUCGAAGCCGAUAUUACACAGAAAGAGUUGGAAUUGUCGCAAAUAAUACCAAGAUAUGAGCAGGAAGUCGCAGAAGAACAUGCAUUGAAAGAAAGAUUAAACGAAUCCGACGUGUUGCGUCAAACACUUUAUGCUAAACAAGGUCGAAGUUCACAGUUUCGUACUAGGGAACAGAGAGACGCGUGGCUAAGACAAGAAAUACGAGAGAUUGACCAAACAAUGUUCAUGCAGAAUCAGCAGGUCGAGGAAUUAGAGGCUCAGAUAAAUGAAAUAUCCGAGAGUAUGGAAAGGGUAACAGGGGAGAUUCACGACACAAGAAAUAAAUUGGAACAACGGAAAAGAACUAUUGAAGAAAUGAAUAAUGAGUAUAACGAAACAAGGUCUCAGCGAGACAGACUGAUGGAACAGCGAAAGGAACUUUGGAAAGAAGAUGCACAAUUGGAAGCUAAGUUGGUUAACUCCCGUGAUCAAUGGAAGAAUAACGAAAGAACAUUGGCCAGUACUAUGGACAAGAAAACAAAUAAUGGCCUUAAUGCCGUUAGACGUAUAGCUGAGCAAUUUCGGAUCAGAGGUGUGUAUGGACCACUUUAUGAAUUGUUCGAAUGUUCAGAUACGAAUAUGUGGACCGCCGUGGAAGUUACUGCUGGACAAAGUUUAUUCCAUGUGGUGGUCGACACCGAUGAAACUGCCACUAGAAUUCUGGAUUCUCUCAAUCGAGAACAGAACGGACGCGUGACCUUUAUGCCGUUGAAUCGGUUGCGGACAAAAAGCUUUGAGUAUCCUCAAUCCGAUGAUAUAUUACCCAUGGUAAAUGUGAUCAAAUUUGAUAGAACAUAUGCAAAAGCAAUUGAACAGGUAUUCGGACGAACGAUAAUCUGUGAUAAUUUAGAGGUCGCAUCACAGGUUGCUCGAGAUCAUGAUUUGAAUGGCAUAACGUUGGAUGGUGAUCGAGUUGAUCGCAAGGGGGCUCUCACUGGAGGUUAUCAUGAUGUACGGAGGAGAAGAUUAGAAGCCGCAACGAAUCUGAAAAAAUGGAAGAAAGAAUAUUCGGAUCUAGAUCAACGAUCCAAAGUUGUGAAGAACCAACAAAUCACUCAUUUACUGAAUACCAUGCAAACCCUUGAGGCUAAAAGACGUCAGAUUCAGGAUAGCCGUGAUCCUCUCUUAUUUGAGUUAAACUCAAAAAUAAAGGAAGAAGCGAAUCUGAAGGAAUCAAAAGUCAACAAGGAAAAAUCUCUUUCGAAUCUUCAGAGCAGCAUAAAGAUGCUUAAUUCACAGAAACAGGCUCAUUUAAGAGAGAUGAACACCGAUCUCACCCAAAAUUUGACUCCCCAGGAACAGGAGCGACUUGAGCAACUGAAUGCGGAGGUUGAGCAAUUAGGAGAUAAAUUAUUUAGGAUAUCUACUUCUAGGUCCGAGCUUGAAGGGCGAAAGAACGUGUUGGAAAAUGAGUUGAACGCGAAUUUAAGAAGACGCCGUGAAGAAUUAUUGAUACAUAUUGAGAGUUUGACCACAAGCGAUGACUACGAACAAAUACAGGACAGUAAAGAUGAAUUAGAAAGAUUGAUUAAGGAAAUGUCGGUUCGUGGACAAGAAAUUGAAACGGAACUACAAGAACUUUCUAAUGCUUUAAACCAACGAAAUUCCGAUUCUGAAAGAUUAAAGGCCGAGCAAAUCGAACGCCAGCAGAAGCUGGAGCGUCAACAAAAAAACGUGGACAAAUUCUUAUCAAAAAGAAAAUUAUUAUUGCAGAAAAAGGACGAAUGUACAAAGAAUAUUCGAGAACUUGGGGCAUUACCUGAGGAGGCAUUCGAGAAGUUUAAAAAUACCGACCCUACCAAGCUCUUAAGGGAUUUACAUAAAGUCAAUGAAGGUCUGAAGAAAUAUAGCCACGUUAACAAAAAGGCUUUUGAACAGUAUAAUAAUUUUAAAAAGCAAAAAGAAACACUUACAAAAAGAAAGGUUGAAUUGGACCAAUCUAAAAGGGCUAUCAAUGAACUUAUUAACGUCCUAGAUCAAAGAAAGGAUGAGGCAAUUGAACGCACUUUCAAACAAGUGGCCAAAUACUUUUCCGAAGUUUUUGAAAAAUUGGUUCCUGCGGGACGAGGGCAACUGAUCAUGCAAAGGAAGAUAGAUAAGGAUCAAGAAGAGGAAGAAGAAAUGGAGUCUGAAGAAAAUGGAGGAAGGUCCAGUGUAGACAAUUAUACCGGUGUUGCAAUAAAGGUUUCAUUCAAUAGUAAAACCGAUGAAGGACUUCGCAUGCAACAGUUGUCGGGUGGUCAAAAAUCUUUAGUUGCUCUUACCUUGAUAUUUGCUAUCCAACAGUGUGACCCGGCCCCUUUCUACUUAUUUGAUGAAAUCGAUGCUGCUCUUGAUGCACAAUACAGAACUGCAGUUGCAUCUAUGAUUCACGAGUUAUGUGAUAAAGCGCAAUUCAUUACGACUACGUUCCGUCCAGAAAUGCUUGCCAACGCUGAUAAGUUCUAUGGUGUUACAUUUUCAAACAAGGUUUCGAGCAUUAGUGCAAUUAGCAAGGAAGACGCACUCAAUUUUAUCACUCAGUUAGAUAUCACGAUGGAUUCCGAACCAUCUACACCAAACUCUCAGGAGCUAAAUCGAAGUAGAUAUAAUCUUGCGACAGAGUUAGUUUAUAUAGACAAUUCCGAUGGAACAGGUGUCAGAGAUCCUUAUAAUGCCUCUUCCAUACCUAUUUAUCAGACGGCGACUUUUAAACAGACUUCCGCAUCUCAAAUGGGUGAUUUCGAUUAUACACGAAGCGGAAAUCCAACGAGAUCUCAUUUAGAAAAUCACCUUGCGAAAAUUAUGUCAGCAAAACGUGCUUUUUCCGUAAGCAGUGGUAUGAGCGCUUUGGACGUAGUAACUCGAUUAGUGAGAGCUGGUGAGGAAAUAAUCGCCGGAGACGACCUGUAUGGAGGGACGAAUCGACUGCUCUCAUUCCUUAAUAAAAGUUUUGAUAUAAAAUCACAUCAUGUUGAUACCACCAAUGUGGAUUCUCUGUUACCCUAUUUACAUCCGACAAGAACCCGUUUAAUCCUUUUGGAAUCACCUACGAAUCCGUUAAUAAAGAUAUCAGAUAUUCCAAAAAUCGCAUCAGUUGUACAUGAAAAAUGUCCAAACGCGUUGAUAGUGGUUGAUAAUACCAUGAUGUCUCCUUAUCUUCAAAGACCCUUAGAAUUUGGUGCGGAUAUAGUGAUACAUUCUGGUACUAAAUAUCUCAGUGGGCAUCAUGACUUGAUGGCCGGUGUUAUUGGCGUCAAAGAUGAAGUUGUCGCGGAGAAAAUCUAUUAUACCAUUAAUGCAACCGGGUGUGGACUGGCGCCUUUCGAGUCAUGGUUAUUACUUCGUGGCGUUAAAACUUUAGCAGUUCGAAUGGAAAAGCAACAGGCUAAUGCUAUGCGGAUAGCCGAGUUUCUUGAAUAUCACAAUUUCAAAGUCAUGUAUCCGGGAUUGAGGUCGCAUCCACAACAUGAUUUGCAUUUUGCCAUGUCCAGCGGACCCGGUGCCGUUCUUAGCUUUGUAACCGGGGAUGUGAAGAUUAGCGAGCGUAUCGUGGAAUCCACCAAAUUAUGGUCUAUUUCUGUUAGCUUUGGCUGUGUUAAUUCGUUAAUAAGCAUGCCAUGUAAAAUGUCACAUGCAAGCAUACCUGCUGCAGUGAGGCAAGAAAGAGGUUUUCCUGAGGAUCUGAUUCGUUUGUGCGUUGGUAUCGAAGAUGGAAGCGAUUUGAUAGAAGAUUUAUAUUCUGCGUUGGUCAUUGCUAAUGCUAUUAAUGUCGGUGAUAAAGAAGAUGAUUCAUCAUCUACGUGA